UUGUCUCUCCUCCAGGCCGGUGUGGCAUUCCGGGCCGUGCCGGUCUUGUGGAACAUUCCGGGCUCCAUGGGAGACAGCAUGGCGGAGGGGACCCGGGUCAUCUACCACUUGGAGGACCAGGAGACCCCCUACCUGAUCCGGAUCAACGUGCCCUCGCAGCGCGUCACCCUGGCAGACUUCAAACAGGUCCUGAACAAACCCAACGCCAAAUUCUUCUUUAAGUCCGUGGACGAUGACUUCGGGGUGGUGAAAGAGGAGAUCAGUGAUGAUGAUGCCAGGUUGCCCUGUGUGAACGGACGAGUCGUCUGCUGGGUGGUGUCCUCAGAUACCUGUCAGUCAGAUUUCAGGGGGUCAGAUAUCCAGUCAGUGGUCACAUCCACCAGCCUGGCCCCGCCCCGCACUGAGAGGACAGGUGGGAUUGGAGACUCUAGACCUCCGUCCUUCCAUGCUGCAGCUAUCAGCAGCCACGAUGAACCUCAGGGGUCAGAGGUCAAACCUGUUGCGUCACUAACAGACAGGAGAGAGAGAGACGCCAGUGAGCAAGGUGAGCGUCUGAAUGGCAACGCCCACCAACCAGCUGAUCAGAAUGGGGCGAGGCCAACAGGUGCAGGUGACAGCUCGUCAACCCAACAGAGUAGUGAGUUAGAGACGACCAGUUUCUGCUCGUCUGAGGAAGACUCAGGAGGAAGGUUCAGCCAAUCAACAGAGCAGAGCAGCUCCUCGCCACGACUCGUCAGGCGACAGCGCCGCCGCCACCGGAAACCCAAAACCCAGCGGAUGGAGAGGUCUGCGUCUUUCAGCAGUGUCACUGACUCCACCAUGUCGCUCAACAUCAUCACUGUAACUCUGAACAUGGAGAAAUAUAACUUCCUGGGGAUCAGUAUAGUAGGUCAGAGUAAUGACAGAGGAGAUGGAGGGAUUUAUAUCGGCUCCAUCAUGAAGGGAGGAGCUGUGGCAGCAGACGGACGCAUCGAGCCUGGAGACAUGUUACUGCAGGUGAACGACAUCAACUUUGAAAACAUGAGUAACGAUGACGCUGUUCGAGUCCUGAGAGAGGUCGUCCACAAACCAGGUCCGGUGACAUUAACGGUGGCAAAGUGUUGGGAUCCAAACCCACGAGGCUGCUUCACGUUGCCGAGAAGUGAACCGGUCCGUCCCAUCGACCCUGCUGCCUGGGUGUCUCACACUGCCGCCAUGACUGGGAGGCUCCUCCCACACUAUGGUGUCCAUGAAGAAAACCAUCUCACCAUUCACAGCAACAUCACAGCUGUUGUCAAGGCAAUGGCCAAUCCGGAGUCAGGCCUGGAGGUUCGGGACAGGAUGUGGCUGAAGAUAACCAUCCCCAACGCCUUCAUCGGUUCAGAUGUGGUGGACUGGCUCCACCGUAAUGUGGAAGGUUUCACGGACCGUCGUGAAGCCAGGAAGUAUGCAGGAAACCUGCUGAAGGCCGGAUACAUCCGCCACACCGUCAACAAGGUCACCUUCUCUGAGCAGUGCUACUACGUGUUCGGAGACCUCUGUGGAGAUCUGGGUGUGAUGUCUCUGCUGGAUCACGAAGGAGGCUCCAGUCAAGGAGGAGGACCAGACAGUGACCCGUUGGCUCCGGCUUCAGGUGCUCAGUGGCCCCCAGCCUUCCCCUAUCAGUACCCCGUCCCUCACCCCUACAGCUCUCCCCACCCCCUCCACAAGCUGCCGGCCUGGGUAGGAGGAGGAGAAGGAAGUCAGCAAAGUGAAGGAAGUCACAGCAGUGGCUCAAACUGCAGUGACAGUCCGAAGGAGGAAGGAGGAGGGAGCCAAUCAGAGCCCACCAAACAACCGGGGACAGAGUCCCCUUGCGACAACAGCAACCAGCAACCCCCGACCUCCAUCUCUGGUCUCCAGGGUCAGCGUCAAGACCUUUCCUCCGUCCCCCCUGAAAUCUCUGCCUCUAGACAGUCCUUCCACCUGGCCAUGGGAAACCCCAGUGAUUUCUUCGUGGAUGUCAUGUGA